UCUUUAUUAUUUUUGUUCAGCCUGCUGCACUUGGGAAGGCAAAAGGUGACUUUGACUGUAAAAUGGCUAACUUUUGUUGGACCAUGUGUGUGUCUGAGGAGCAGUAAUCUAGCUAGCCAUCCAUGACUAAACAAGAAGACUUGGAUGCUUGUAUUUUAGUUUUCACUAUCUGAAGGACAAUAAACUGUUCUUUCAUAGGAAGUAGCCUAUCUGAACUGCUUUACCAACAGAAAGCGAAUACUCUGACCACCAGCAAAGUAUAGUCUAUUCUACCAGGAGCUCUAAUAAUAACACAACGUGGGGUCACCUCAGUGAUGUCCACUAUUAACCUACCACUACCCGGGUACCACAGUCGUAAAACUAGUUAUAUAAUACGGAGGGUUCAACAGAGACGGUCCGAACAUAUUGUCCCCAAUAUUUCUACAUGCGAAGACGCAAACCCUACUGCAGGCAAAUGUGUAGGCUAGGCUACGUAGCUACGUUACGCAUAAAGGCAUCUCCAUGACAUAGCACUUUGUCAACGUGUUUGAAUUAAACCCAGGAAAUUUAACAUCCGGGAUAUGAAACACGAGCAAAGACGUGGAAUGUUAGACAUUUUUUUCUUGGGCGCCGUAAUGAUGGAGUAAAAAGCACCAUGAUUGGUGGAUGCAAGCAAGAAGAAAUAUAAAACCACCGGAGAGCUGUAGCAUACGGACCAGAAAUACGAUAAAUGCGGAUAAAUCAGCGUUGCCUUACAACUAAAACGACGAACACACGAUGAUUAAAAGACUCCUUUUCACAGACAGCCAUCGUAUACAAGAUGCAGCCGAAUUCUAGAAAAAAAUGAAAAUACAAAAGAAGGACAAGCAGAUGUCCAGUACCCACUUAAUAAAGCACACUCCAGCUUCUGCAGCCUCUACUGCCACUGACCAAAACGCACAAAUCACGUUUCCCAUAGGCCCACUGGGAAAGGAGCAUAUCCGGGUUCUUGGUGGGCAGACCAAUCACUGCAUGGCCCACACAAAACACUCUGGGGCACACGGGGGGCCGGGAACAGGCAGCCUCAACCCAUGUCCGCCGGCAUCGCCUGGCAACAGCGAGGAGGACGACGGAGGGGGUGGCACCCGGGUGAAGAAGAAACGAAAGAAAAAAGACAAGAGGGACUCGGGCACGUGGAAAAAGCCGGAACGAGAACGAGAGAGCGAAUCCAAACCAAAGAAAAAAAAGGAGUUGAAAGAACUGAAGGAGAUAUUACCACGGAAGUCAAAAGCGCCCAAGGAACUCAAGGAGGUCAAGGAGUCCAAGAAGUUCAAGGAGCUGAAGUCACCAAAGGAGCCUAGAAAGGGCAGAAAGGGUCGGGAAGCCAAGCCCAAGCCCAAGCCCAAGCCCGCUGUAGACUGCAAGGCCACAUUGUCUCCUCCCAGACAGAGAGGCAGAAAGCCCAAAGAGCAGGGUGUGGUCCCGCCAGAAAAGAAGAAAAAGGGAAAGCGGAAAAGCGAGGCCCAGCAGGAGGCGCUAGAGAGCGAUGACACGGCCUCCCUCACUGCCGUGGCCUUGGGGGGCGAGGAAAGCAGCGACCCCCUAGACAGCACUAAACGACGCUCAGGGCGUCAGGUGAAGCGCAGGAAGUACAACGAGGACCUGGAUUUCAAGGUUGUGGAUGACGACGGGGAAACCAUCGCUGUGUUGGGCGCAGGCCGCAUGGGAGCCCUGUCUGCCUCCACGCUGGCCUGGCAAGCAGAGGAGCCGCCUGAAGAUGAGGCUAACAUCAUUGAGAAAAUCCUGUCUGUGCGAACUGUCAAGAAGGAGACAGAGCCAGAGGAGCCACCUGAGGAGUAUGAGGAAUUCUAUGUCAAGUACAGAAAUUUCUCUUACCUUCACUGCAAAUGGGCAACUCUGGAGGAACUGGAAAAGGACCCACGCAUCCCCCAAAAAAUCAAGCGCUUCAGGACUAAGCAGGCACAAAUGAAGCACAUAUUCGUUGAACCGGACGAGGAUCAUUUUAAUCCAGACUACAUCGAGGUGGACCGUGUGCUGGAAGUGGCCCACACUACAGACACAGAGACCGGAGAGGAGGUCACACACUAUCUGGUAAAGUGGUGCUCUCUGUCGUAUGAGGAAGCAACCUGGGAGCUCCAAGAGGAUGUUGAUCCUGUAAAGAUCCGUGAGUUUGAGGAGCUCAAGAAACUCCCUGAUAUGAAAUACGUGGAAAGACCUCCGCCUGGUCAAUGGCACAAGCUGAGAACGUCUCGAGACUACAGGAACGGGAACGAGUUGAGAGAGUACCAGCUUGAGGGAAUGAACUGGCUUCUAUUCAACUGGUAUAACAGGAAAAACUGUAUCUUGGCAGACGAGAUGGGCCUGGGGAAGACCAUACAGUCCAUAACAUUCCUCUUUGAGAUCUUCAGCAUGGGCAUUCGUGGCCCAUUUCUCAUCAUCGCCCCGCUCUCCACCAUCACGAACUGGGAGCGCGAGUUCCGCACCUGGACCGCAAUCAACGUGAUCGUCUACCAUGGCAGCCAGAUAAGCCGGCAGAUGAUCCUACAGUAUGAAAUGUACCACAGGGACGAAGAUGGAAACUCGGUAUCUGGCAAUUUUAAGUUCCACGGCGUGAUCACCACAUUUGAGAUGAUUAUGGCGGACUGCCCUGAGCUGAAGAAGAUCCACUGGCGCUGCGUGGUGAUCGACGAAGCUCACCGGCUGAAGAACCGCAACUGCAAACUUCUCGAGGGACUCAAGCUCAUGAACCUGGAACAUAAAGUGCUGUUGACCGGCACACCACUGCAGAACUCUGUUGAGGAACUCUUCAGCCUGCUCAACUUCCUGGAACCACUUCAGUUCCCCUCUGAGACCACCUUCCUGGAGGAGUUUGGAGACCUGAAAACAGAAGAGCAGGUGAAGAAGCUUCAGGCCAUCCUCAAGCCCAUGAUGUUGAGGAGGUUAAAGGACGAUGUAGAGAAGAACCUGGCACCCAAAGAGGAGACCAUCAUCGAGGUGGAGCUGACCAACAUCCAGAAGAAAUACUAUCGUGCCAUUCUUGAGAAGAACUUCACAUUUCUGGCCAAGGGAGCCAACCAGCACAACAUGCCCAACCUCAUCAACACAAUGAUGGAGCUACGCAAGUGCUGCAACCACCCAUACCUCAUCACUGGUGCAGAAGAGAAGAUUCUGGAAAGCUUCAGGAAGUCACACAGCCCAGAUGCCUUAGACUUCCAGCUUCAGGCUAUGAUCCAGGCAUCAGGAAAGCUGGUCCUCAUUGACAAGCUGCUGCCUCGUCUCAUAGCUGGAGGUCACAAAGUGCUGGUCUUCUCCCAGAUGGUGCGCUGCCUAGACAUCCUGGAGGACUACCUCAUCCAGAGGAGGUACACGUAUGAGCGCAUUGAUGGUCGCGUACGGGGAAACCUGCGGCAGGCGGCCAUCGACCGCUUCUGCAAGCCGGACUCGGAUCGCUUCGUGUUCCUCCUCUGCACGCGGGCCGGAGGGCUGGGCAUCAACCUCACGGCUGCAGACACCUGCAUCAUCUUUGACUCAGACUGGAACCCACAGAAUGACCUGCAGGCACAAGCCCGCUGCCACCGGAUUGGCCAGAGCAAAGCGGUGAAGGUCUACCGGCUCAUCACGCGGAACUCGUACGAGCGAGAGAUGUUCGACAAGGCCAGCCUUAAGCUAGGUUUGGAUAAGGCUGUGCUGCAGGACAUCAACCGCAAGGGCAGCGUCAAUGGGGUGCAGCAGCUUUCAAAGUUGGAAGUGGAGGACCUUUUGAGGAAGGGUGCGUAUGGUGCCCUAAUGGACGACGAGGACGAAGGCUCUAAAUUCUGUGAGGAAGACAUCGACCAGAUCCUUCAGCGCCGCACUCAGACCAUCACCAUCGAGACAGAAGGGAAGGGCUCCACUUUUGCUAAGGCCAGCUUUGUAUCUUCUGGAAACAGAACUGACAUUUCUCUGGAUGAUCCAAACUUCUGGCAGAAAUGGGCUAAAAUCGCUGAGCUGGAGAUCGACUCCAAGGAGGAAAAGGAGAGCCUGGUGAUCGAUACGCCACGCGUGCGGAAGCAGACUCGUCAUUACAACUCAUUUGAGGAUGACGAGCUGAUGGAGUUCUCUGAGCUGGACAGCGACUCGGAGGAAAGGCCGUGCCGCACGCGCCGCCUCAACGAAAGGAACCGCCGCUAUCUGCGGGCGGAGUGCUUCCGCGUGGAGAAGAACCUGCUCAUAUUCGGCUGGGGGCGGUGGAAGGACAUUCUCACCCAUGGCCGUUUCAAGUGGCACUUGGCUGAGAGGGACAUGGAGGUGAUGUGCCGAGCACUGCUAGUCUACUGUGUGCGCCACUACAAAGGAGACGAUAAAAUCAAGAGCUUCAUCUGGGACCUCAUCACCCCAACUAAAGAUGGGCAAAAUGAGGCCCUACAGAACCACUCUGGUCUGUCGGCACCCGUACCCCGCGGUCGUAAGGGCAAGAAGCUGAAGAACCAGCUGUGUCUGCCUGAGCUGAACAAUGCGGACUGGCUGGUCCACUGCAAUCCGGAGGUGGUACUGCAGGACGACAGCUACAAAAAGCACCUCAAGCAGCACUGCAACAAGGUACUUUUGAGGGUACGCAUGCUGUACUAUUUGAAGGCAGAGGUGCUGGGGGAAGCUGCAGCUCAGGCCCUGGAAGGCGUUCCAGCCAGUAAACUGGAGGUAGCUCUGCCUGACAUUGACUACAUUGAGAUUCCUGCUGGCUGGUGGGAUGCGGAAGCGGACAAAUCCCUCCUCAUCGGUGUCCACAAGCACGGGUACGAGCGAUACAAUGCCAUGCGGGCCGACCUCGACCUGUGUUUCUUGGAGCGGGUGGGCAUGCCUGAUGUCAUGGCCCUUUCUGCAGAGCAGUCAGGAACAGAGGCCCCAGCUGAUGCCAAUGACAGUGCGGGUAAGAGUGAAGAUGUGAAGGAGGAGACUGAAAGCAAGACGGAGGGGGGAGAAGAUAAGGAGGAUGGCAAAGAUGACAACAGUUCUGUUACAGACACUUCAGAGAAACAAGAGAAUGCCAUUUCAAGUGAAUCGGUGCACGAGAACUCUGAGCAGGGCAGGCUUCUCUGGCCAGCAGGUUCUGCUCUGACGGCUCGACUUCGGCGGCUCAUCACCGCCUACCAGCGUUACAACCGCCGCGAGCCCCUGCGCCACGACUAUCUAAUGCUGGAUGGAAACAGCCACGUGUCCUGGCAAAUGGGAGAGGACUUGCGGAGAUGCACUGUUGAACCAGACCCACUGUUCUUGGAAUGGCAGAGGAGGUGGACACGUCGAGAGCAGGCAGAUUUCUAUCGGACAGUUUCAUCCUUUGGUGUUAUGUUUGACCCAGAGAAGAAAGCCUUUGACUGGACUCAGUUCCGCUGUCUUGCUCGACUGGAAAGAAAAACGGAUGAGAGUUUAGAGAGAUAUUUCUACAGCUUUGUGUCCAUGUGUCGCACUGCCUGCAGGCUGCCCCCAAGGAAGGACGAAGGCCCAAUUGACCACGCGCUGUUUGUGGAACCAAUCACUGAAGAGCGAGCCGCCCGCACGCUCUACCGCAUCGAGCUGCUGCGGAAGAUUCGGGAGCAAGUGCUUCGCCACCCGCUGCUGGGACAGAGACUUCAGCUGUGUCAGCCCAGUCUCUACCUGCCCGUGUGGUGGGAGUGUGGGAAACACGACCGGGACCUCCUGAUUGGUGCCGCCAAGCAUGGUUUGAGUCGCACUGACUAUUACAUCCUCAAUGAUCCCCAGCUCUCCUUCCUGGAAGCUCACCGCAACUAUGUGCGGAAAGAGAACCAUGGCUACUCCGUGCCAACCACCAUGGCUGGCAUGACCCAUCGCCACUGCUGCCUUUAUGACGCCGGACUCAGCCACUGCCACUCUCCGCAGCCUCCAGAAUACCACACUGCGCCAUCUCACCAUGCCCACGUGCACCCUCACCCACACAUCCAUGCACCUGUGCACCACGUGCCUGAGGUGGUGGCUGGAGACCCAGCUGGCUCCUUGGCACUGAGUGGCGGAGGCGCCAGAGAGGGUUUCCUGGAUUGCCCUCCGCUUGAGGAUUCCCUGGAUUUGGCGUCGCUGCAGCAUGAUGGACUCUCUGCUGACUCCCUCCACGGGAAGCCCAGCAAAGAGGCUUUCAACGGAUUUCCCUUCAACUCGGCUUCAGGAGGGCAAAGCAUGCUCAACUCCUACGGGGUGCAGGGCGAGCUGAGCGGGACUCAGGGGGACAUUGCGGACACCAUUGCGGGGAAGCUGCGCAGUGACGUGCUGGUGGGUGAACAGGGCUCAUCCGAGGAGACGGGGCUGAUGGCGCCCUCUGUAGAGCUGGACGAACUGCAAACGCCAUGGGAGAGCUCAGACCAUGCCGCUGCUGCUCACAUGUUCAACGAGGCCGACCCAAUCUUGGGUGCGCCUGCGCUAGGGUCGGAGUUCCUGGACUCAGCAGAUACACCUGGAGAUGGCCAGGUGGACACAGCCUUGAAUGACUGUUUGAGCAUGCCCAGUUCGGACUCGCAGAGCAACCCGGUCGAUCCUUUGCCGUCCAGCUUCAUGUUGUUUAAGGAGCUGAGCGAAGCUGAGCCCUCGGUUGACCAGGCUGACCUAUCUGCCAGCCCCCCACCAGAGUACGCUCCAACUCCUCUCUCAUUGGGCGACAUGAGCCUCUCCCACACAGGUCCCACUGAGGAUCCAGAAGAGAAGCUGAGUGACUCCGACGUCACCCACAGCGCUCCCAGCCCAGUGGACGUGGCCGGGAGCGUCACCUUUGAGUUCGACAAGGAGGAGCUGUCACAGGAUAGUCACAGCCUGGCAGGGGCCACUCAGGGGCCCGACGAGGCAUCUUUAGGUCCGUCUGAAAGCCCUCCAGAAGAAGCCCUGGGGGAGCCCAGUACGACACCCCAAAAUGAGGCAAGCACCCCAGAGCAUACUGAGGAGAACCUCGGAGAGCCUUGUGAGGAGCCAAUGGAGGAGUCCAUGCUGGGGGCGCUUGCAGACGUGCCACCAAUAGAGCCAACUGAAAGUCAACUGGAGGAGCCUGGAGAGGAGACCCUACAGGUGCCCCCUGAGGAUCUCCCAGAGGAGGAACCCUUUGAGACGCCCUCAAAGUCAUCCAGCGAAGUGCACUCAGAGGCACCCAGCGAAGGGCCCUCAGAGCCUGGGGGUGGGAGCAGUCUCAGUGACCCAACCCUCUCUUCAGUAGGCCCCUCACCCCCACCUCCCUGUGCCUUGCCCUCCCUGCCCUCCCCCUCGCCAGAGCCCAGCUCAGCAGUUGACAUUAAGCAGGAGCUGCUGCUGGAGCCAACCACUGCAGAGAUCAAGCCUGAUCCCGAUGCCCUUGAGCCAGACAGCACUACACUCACACCCAGGCUAGAACAGACUGAGAUGCUGGAAGCAAAGGAAGAGAUAAAACAGGAGAGAGUGAAAACCCCAGCUCUGAUGGUGGACAGCUAUGUGGAGGCCCCACGAUACACUCCCCAAAUGUCAAUCUGCGAAAUGCCUGACGGCCUCCAUGAUAUCCGGGAGCCCACCAUUGCCCAGCUCCUCCAGGAGAAAGCCCUCUAUUCAUUCUCUGGGUGGCCCAAGGACAGGGUGAUAAUUAAUCGUCUUGACAGUAUCUGCCAUGCCAUUCUGAAAGGGAAAUGGCCUUCAUCCAGCCAGUAUGAGUCGCACAGCACUCUGGCAAACACCUGUGUGCCCAACAGUGCCCACCAGCGUGCUGGCUUCAUGCCAGCCCGGGUACAGCCUGCCCAGAGCCUUAACUUCAACAUGCCAGCGCCUGUCUCCCGUAUGCCCAAGGAGAGGAUGAUAGCCCCUCCCUUCUUGUCCGACCUCAAGCAACCUGGAGUAAGGCCGCGGUUUGAAUUUGAGGCAGAGGUGCUCAGCAAGCCCUGCCACUCUGGAGAGAAAAUCCAGGUGGGCAUUCCACACCGGGGUGGACAGCUACUGAUGAAUGGCUGGCAGGAAGCUGCGAUGGAUCUCUCCAAACCCCCUGGGGAGCUCAGUAUCGGUGGGGAGACGGGCUCUCGUGACAUGGGUCACAUGACCCAUACAGUCCACAACCCUCCUCCUCCACAACAUAAGCUGCCCUCUUUGGGCUCCAUGCAAGGUUCUUUGGGUCUGGACAUGGCUGGCAUUCUGCAGGCCGGCCUUAUCCACCCUGUUACUGGGCAAAUUGUCAAUGGCAGCAUUCGCCGUGACGACUUCAUGAGGCGGAGGAGAGGCCGCAGGAGAAACGUGGACGGGCCAGACAUCAGCUUCAUGCGGAGCCAUGGACUGAAUGUGUCGGAACAGCAGCCAAGACCAGAUAGCAUCAGCCACUCAGCAGUGUCAUCUACUACCACCACCCAGUCAGACCGUUCCCCUGCAGGAUCCGGGUCUCUUGGCCCUAUAGGUCAACCUGGCCCUUCUAGCUCUCUUGGGCCGCCACCGCCACCACCGGAGAGCCUGGGGAUUGACAGAGAAGCAGCCAAUAAGGGUCUGAUGGAGUGGCUGAGACAAAACCCCAACUACAUGGAGGUCUCCCCAUUUGCCUCUUCCCCAAAUGCAGCCAUCUUGCACAGUUUUGUUGAGCGUCCAAAGCAGAGGAGGCACCGCUGCAAAGACCCUACCAAGCUGGAUGUGAACUCCAUGACCGGAGAAGAGCGUGUGCCUGUGGUGCACAGGAACACAGGGCGCAGGCUGGGUGGUGCUAUGGCUCCAGCUAUAAAGGAGCUGUCUCGAUGGCUGGAUGCCAACUCUGAAUAUUGUGUGGCUCCAGACUGGGCUGAAGUGGUGAAACAUUCGGGAUUCCUGCCGGAGGUCAAGUUCACCCGUAUCCUGACCGAGCCCGUUAGCCGUGACCCUGGGCCUCGCCGGAGGGGUCGGCGGCCUCGCAGUGAGAUGGUCAAAGCUGGACCCAUCCUCCCGGAGUCUCCUUCGAACAUGGGGCCCCUGUUUAUGAACGGUGGGCUGAUCGGGAGCAUGGACUUGGUCAGUCUGCAGAACCUGCGGAACGUUCAAGGCAUCCCCCUUACGGGCUUGAUGGGAUUCCCACACGGCUUUGCAGCCGUCUCAGCAGGCGCUGGAGAAGAUGCUAAGAACGGUAUAAGCAUGCUUCCCAUGAUGCUCCAUGGCAUGCAGCCGCCCAUGUUCAGCGUGAGUGGCCUCAUGAGCCAGCCCUCUUCCUCCUCGCCCUCGUCCUCCUCACCCACCCCAACCCAGUCCACCUCGGCAGGCUCCACGGUGGUCACCUCCUCCUCAGCAGCUCCCAGCCCUGUGGCUGAGAGCUGCAGCUCCACCACACCCUCAGGCUUGGAGAAGCGCAAGGACGACAAAGCUGUUGAAGGGAGGCCCGCCGGGCUGGCCGGAGGGCACGUGCCUGCGACCGUCAGCAGCACCACCAGCGUCUCUGGCAGCAUCAGCAGCACUGGCAGCCACUUGACCUUCAACCCAUUUCUAAUCCCAGGGAUGUCCCACGGACUGCUGUACCCACACAUGUUCCUGCCCCACGGGGGCAUAAUGGCACUGCCGGGGCUGCCUGCUGCCGACAGCUCCGGCAGCCCGAAGAGGAAGAGGAAGAAAGUGAGAGAGGACGGCGUUCCGGAGGGCGGGAAUGCCGGAAGCCCUCAGAUGGACAGCAUGCCUGCCAGAGGGCCCAGUGACGUUCCGCAAUCUCGGGCGGAUGUGGACAAUGACGCCCCAGCUGAGGAGGGGCUGCAAAACCAGGAGACAGACACAAACAGCAAGGGUCAGGACCACAGCGUGAGUCCUCCCCCUGAGCUUCCCGCAGAGAGCGGCAGCAAACAGGAGAGACAAACGGAGGAAAAGCAGGAGCAGGAUGAGGAAGGGAAGGAUGAAAGACUGCCUGAUAGCGAAAGGCAGGAGGAUGAACCCAGAGAGGAGUCGCAGUAGGAACCAUCGCCACCGCCGUCCCCUCUACUGUGCAGCGGAGUUCAGUUUGUGAUGUGUCCGUCAGUUUCCAUGUAAAGACUUAAGUUAUCCACCUAUUAAUGUUUAUAGAACUCCUGUCCCUAUUGAACGUAUGUGCUCUCUGACACACUCUCCCCUCGGAAAGCAAAUUAGGUAAAGAUGGACACUUCUGCAUGCAAGUGUACACAGGUGUCAUAGCAGCAACAACAGAAGUGGAUCAAAAGUCGCAGUCAUUCUCACCAUGUCCAUGGCAUCGUGAGUGGUGCCUGGAGUCACCCGGUCUAUUGGAGUUGUAUGUGUAAGGCAGAGGGGCAAUCAAGUCAUAGUGGUAUGAUAUAGUGCAGCAUGGUUACGUGAGGUGCAGAAUGCGCCACGGGAGUGCUGUAAAGGGACCAGAGGUUGUGACUGUGUUGAUGGUGUUACAGGGUUUUAGAUAAAGUUCCACUCUUAUUUGUUUCUCCCACGAGGGUCUUACGCAUGUGGACGUGUAGACGAGGAAGCCUUGUGCAAUGUCAUUAGCCCUUGUUGACUUUGACUCAGUGGAUUCUGCUGUCAGACCCGAUUUUCUCAUGUUGCUGCUAUGUAACAUUAUACGUUUUAAUGGAAUAUAUAAGAGCCAACAUUUUAAUGUCUACCGAGAGUUACAGGUAAUACUGAUUUAACAUAUGGGUAACAGUGAGUACAUAAGAAAAACUGCGUUAAAAUCAAUGGCAAAGAACAAUCCAGAUUUGGACUUUUUGAAAUUGUGUAUCAUGUACUUCAUAGGAUACAGGCAGCAGCAACAACAAAAUGAUUUGGUUUUCAAAAGUUACUUUGAAAAAUGUCCUUUUAUCCCCAGCCACAUGUGUAACUUUGUGACGGUAGUUGGCAGAUGAGAUGUGUCCAGAACAGGGCUCAACACUAGUGCCAUAGCAGACCCUCACAGGGGGCAGAGAGAGAGAGAGAGAGAGAGAAAGAGAGAGAGAGAGAAAGAGAGGGUGCCACCACAUUGAAGUGUUUAAGGUCACAGAGAGGACCAUUGACAAGCAAGGAAAGCGUUCUCGUGUGGAAAACAAAAGAAAAGAACAGGCAACAAAUCAACAAAAAAAAAAUCUGUCCCCACCGGUGUGUCCAAAGCAAAGUCCGAAGGCUUGACUGGACUGUUGGAAAGGCCCACUCUUUUACCGCUGUAGAAUUGGUCUUGUCUCUUUUCCCUCUGAUGCAUUUUCAGAUCCUGUAGAAUAGGUCAUGCUAAGACUUUUUAAAAGAAAAUGUAAAUCUGUUUAGCUGUAUAUUGCUGUUACUUUUGUUUACAAAGCACACCACAUUUUUUGUUUUCUCCACUAUGUUGCAACAUAUUGGGGAAAUGGCAAACUCUACCAGUGUUUCCUGUAUUUAACAUAACUGUACAUUAGAUGGAUACAAAGGUAGUUUUUUUUUUCUUCCCAAAAUUUCACAACAGGGUCUCUUUUUGGGUGUACUUUAUAGACUUGGCUUUUCGGCCGAAUAACUCUUUGAGUUCACUUUUUUCUUUCAGUUUUCAAACAUGAGAACAUUUUUGCACAGUCUUUUUGGUGAAUGUUUACCUGUAACUGUAUUCCUGUACUCUGUCUUGCAUUUGUUUUCUUUCGGUGAGUGUAUGUGUGGAUGCAUGCGCACGCUUGCACAUAACAUGGCCCAUCAUGGACAUUUUGUUGUAGACCUGUAUUUAUAUCUCGUCUUGCCCUAACCCACCUUUAUUGUUCUAAGAAUUGUUGUUGCCUUGUCACAAUUCGUGACUCCAUAAUUUAUUUUUGGUUAAGUUUUUUUUUUUUUUUUUUUUUUAAUCUUUUGCUUUGCCAAACUUUCACCAAAUAUGGCAUCAUUUCAUUUAUCUUACUCAGUUAUGUUAAAUAUACAAUGCCUUAUUUAGUUAGCAUUUUAUAUAUGGAUGUUUGUUACAUCUCCAUGUUGGGAAGUAUAUAUCAAAGUAUUUUGUGUAGGGCUUGAUCGUUUGAAACCGAAAGCAUCCACAGCCAUUCCCGUUUAACAUUAGUGGGCUUAGUUGAAUGAGUAGGUGCCUCUGAGCAGCACAGUCAGCUCCUGAUCCUCAUUUAAAAUGAGGCAUAUUUCCGGACUUGUCAAACUCAAAUUGGGAUGGAUACAUCUUACUCCUACAAUAAUGUAGAGGAGAGCAGAAAAUCUACAAUUCACAAAUCACAGCAAUUUAAAGCACAAUUGGAAAACAAGUUGGAUACAAGAGACAGAUCGCUCAUACUUUCUUUGUUGAGAGGUCCUGCCCCAUAUUUUGUGUGUGAAUAUGAUUAUCGUGUCAGAUUUAUGUAGGUAAGUCAUCAUCAUCAUCCACUGCUAACGUUUAACAUGAUUCCUGUUGUUAAUUGUCUCUCAGCCUGUGAUCAGAUUGUAGUGUCAUUGUAUGGGUGUUUUGAGUCGUGCAGGAUUUAAUUUGAUCACGUUGGAGUAAAUAUGGUGUUUGUUCCGAUAAGCUUUUCACAUGACACAUCACUUUGGGGGUCUUCUGUUACAUUAUGGAUGCAGUGUGAGUACAGCUAAAGAAAACAAAGUUUCUGUUCAAAAACUCAUGAUUUAGCUGUCCGAUUCAAUUUGAAAUUUUCCUCAACUAACGUAGACUUACCAUAUGGAAAAAUGGACCACCAAAAUUAAAUUUUAAGUAUUAUAAACAGAAGUGAUGUUUUCACUCCAACCCAUCCUUACUCUCAAAAGCCUGUUGUGUUGAAGUUGAAACUUGAAUCAACUAAAAUGUGCAGUAUGUGAGUACAGUUGAAAACUUCAUAUUUAUUCAUGUUGUAAAAGCACUCUUCAUGUUUCGCUCCUCUGCAAGUGUUCAGUAAUUUAUCAGAAUGCAAGACUGAUUUUCAAAUUAUUUUAUAUUAUUUCAGAUAUAUUUAUUUUACACCACUGUCUGACCAGUUUGCUUUAUCUACCUGUAUUCGAACUUACUGUAUGGUUAAGGGUUGCCGUUUUCACAGAUUUGCCCUCAUCACAUGCGGUGCAGUACUGUUUUCCCCACAGUGAAUGUUUAUGAUGACGUUUCUUUUGUUGGUAUGCCUUCAACUGGAGCAGAACUAGUCUCAAAUGUGUUGAAAACAGACAUGCCUCAGAAUAGUGGUGUUACCCUCUAAGGACAUUACUGGCUGUAACUUUAUAAAUGUCUGUCCUCAAUGUUUCGCCUAUGCCUAGUCAGGCUAAGUUUUGCACAGAUAUACUCAUGUUUCUAAUCAGUAGAUAUUGGUAAAAUCAUAGAAUUUUUAUUUCAUUCUGGAUUUUCAGGUCCAAGGCAUUUAAUGGGAAAACAUGUAAUCUUCCACUCACUGAAUUCGGUACACUAAACUACUCUUUGGGAAAUAAAGUUAAAGAUGGUGGGAGAAAUGAAUUUGGAGAAACAACUUCUAAUAGCUCCAUCCAAAAUAUGUGGCUAAGUCAAGUUGCAGUGUUAUGUCUCAUAGUCCAGUAUUGUUGGACUGCGAGCUCAAUAAAGCAAACUGAUUUUCUCUUUUCUGUGAGAGAAAAUGCUAUUGUUUUGUGUUUUAAAGCACUUCAUAUGUGCAAUAGUGUGUGUGAUUCAAGAGGAUUGGAUCAAUCACUAUGAUCGUGAGGCUAAAUUUUACACUCCAAUCCUGUGGUCAUGCACCAUUUGCUGGGCUGCAUAUACAAUUACUAUGGAAUAUUUGCACGCAUUGGGAAAGAUGCAGGGCUCUCCUCUUAGGUGUUCUGCUGUGUUUGUCCUUGCAUGCCCGGACUUGCUGGUAUUGGCCUCGGCAACCACCCUUAACAAAACACACUCCCAUUUCAGGAUGGCAUAAUGUUCAGAUUGGGUGUCUGUAUGCAUGCUUAACAGUUCUGUUCUUCAGCUGCUUGCAUUUAGGACAGUAGUUUGCAGCUCAUUCGGCAACUGAAAGGCCAGUGUUCACUAAGUGGAUGUACUGUACGCUCUUAGUUUCAUCGAACCAAGUGCACUGUAUUAUGGGACAUGCUAAAAAAGAAAAGAAAAAGAAAAUGAAAAAAGUACUCUGAAAACAGCAACAUUUGAGAGAUGUGGGUUUUUGUUUUGUUUUUAAUUUUUAAUUUUUCUUUAACUAGCUCCUGUAUUCCCAUGUGGACCAAUCACAUAAUUCAAAACAUGGUAUGUGAUCUUUUAUUGUGCAAUAAAAGAUGACUUUCAACUUUGAA